GUCAUGUGACUCAGAAGUAACUACGCGAUUUGACCCCCAACGAAGGUAUCCCCGCCAUUAACGUCAAACCAACAUGGCGUCCGUCAUCGGAUCAGAAGUAGAAAUACAGGAGGUGGAGGUUGAAUCAAUCCCAGUUGAAAUGCCCAUAGAGACAGUUGAAACAACAGAUGAGACAGUUGAAGUUCAACCUAUGAUAGCUCUUCAACCACUCCCAGAUGCACAGGAAGAAAUUGUUUUACAGACAAGAGAAGAAGUUGUAGGUGAUCCGAACCUCGUGUACGCAGAUUCUAUACCUGUACCUGCUCCUGAAAUUGAAAUAAGUACAGAGGAGACACAUACGUUGAAGAGAGGUAGAGGAGGAAAGAGGAAGGGUGCUAAAAACCGUGGACUUUUAAGCGGUUUAGGAACGGAACUAACUCUUGACUCCCCUUCAUCAGCUAAAAAAUGGGAACAGAAACAAGUGCAAAUAAAGACACUGGAAGGAGAAUUCUCUGUGACUAUGUGGGCUACAGGAACAGAUGAUAAAAUAAAACUAGAAGAGGAUGCCUCAGUAUCUGAAACUGAUGCAGACUUCACAGAGUAUAUGACAGGCAAGAAACUGCCACCAGGGGGCAUUCCAGGACUUGACCUCAGUGACCCCAAACAGCUGGCAGAAUUUGCAAGUCUCCAGCACAGGGACACGGCUCUGCUGCAGCACUCAAGAAUUAAGCCCAGAAAGCCAGCAGAUGAUGUUCCCCGGACAGUCCCGUGCCCUCACAAGGGCUGCAGCAAGAUGUUCCGAGAUAACUCGGCCAUGAGGAAGCACCUACAUACACAUGGUCCCAGAGUUCACGUCUGUGCAGAGUGUGGGAAAGCUUUUGUGGAGAGCUCCAAACUCAAGAGACAUCAACUGGUUCAUACAGGGGAGAAACCUUUCCAGUGUACCUUUGAGGGCUGUGGAAAGAGAUUUUCUCUGGACUUUAACCUUCGGACACACGUCAGAAUCCAUACCGGUGACCGUCCAUAUGUCUGUCCGUUUGAUGGAUGUAACAAGAAGUUUGCCCAGUCCACAAAUCUCAAGUCUCACAUACUGACUCAUGCAAAGGCAAAUAAUGUGAUAUCUGUACAGUUAGGGAGUGACAGUAAUAGCAGUGUAGAUCUAAAUCAAGCCACAGCAUACCAACUGCCAUCCUCACAAGAGACAAUGUUGAUAGGGUAUGCCUAUGAAGAGCAAUGAUAAUUAUUUUUGAGAUACAUACAGGUUUUCUUUUUGGAGUAAUCCUUAACACAUUUUGUCCGAUACCAGCAAUCUGUGAAGAAAGCAGGGACUUUGACUGAUGACCAUCAAAGUCAUUGUUGCCCAAACUUGGGUCUCAGACUUCGGCAUCGUGUUGUGGUCAAUGACUGUCUGCCUCAUUGACAUUUCAUCCUUACUCAUUAUUUAUUAUGUUGUUCAUUGUGGAGUGGAUUCAUUCGAGAAGUGCUUUUCUGACAUUGAUAAUGUAAAGCCAGUGUGAAUUGUGUCAUGCCUUUCUUCAAUUUAUCUCCAAAUCUGUACAGAUAUAUUUAUUUGUUCAACAAUGUGAUCAAUUGUCAUCAUCCACAAAGAUUGCUUUGCUGCCCAACAAAAUACUUACAAAGAAAUUAGUGGAUACUGUCCCCUGUUUAAUAUGGCAUUUUAAGCAUGAAAUAUCGAGAUAUACUACAGAUUUUUUCAGUAUGUACAUACAUGUAUCUUCACAAAUAGUUUAUCCAGCUCUUGUUAAUUACUCCUUUUCUGGCUGACACAGGUUUCAUUAACUUGUUUACAUGUAAACCCAUUACCACCAUUUUAACACCCUCCCCCUUAUACACACACAAACAUCCAAUUAUUGCCUACAACAAACUUUGUAUUUGGUUGGAAAAGCAGCAUUUUAACAUCAUGUUUUAAUGAUGUAUUAUUCAUGUAGAUGAGGGAUAAAUGAUCAAUUUUAUACAGAAUUAUUGUAAAUCUAACAUGUACAGUUUGACCUUUGACAUUCAGUUUAAUUUUUUUUUUUAAAGAUUUUGGUAAAAUUUAAACAAGUUUGAUCCAAGAAAUCCCUCUCCAUUUCCUGUUUUUAAGUUUAUUUUUAUCUGAAUUAUUUGGUGCAACUGCUACAGUGUAUAGAACUUAAAGGGAAGCAAUAAAUUGUCAUUCCUCAGUGGUCUUCUCUUGAAAAUAAAGACAGCAAAAACUCUUC